CUUGACAUCUCUCAUAACAAAUUCCGCACAUUAUUUGCUGACGUGUUUCGCGGACUUAAACGCCUGGAAGUGUUGGAUCUGAGCAAUGGUCACAUCAAAUACAUCGACGAACACGCCUUCGACGGCCUCGAGAUGCUCAAGGAAUUGAAUAUUGAAAACAAUCAGUUGUCGUCCAUUUAUUUAGAGCUCUUUCAAAGUAUACUCAAUCUUAGCGUGCUGAACGUCGGGGGCAAUAGUAUCAGUCACUUAACGGGCGGUAUAUUCGCGUCGAUGACAGGCCUCAGAAAACUAGUUCUCUGGCGGAACCGAAUCGUCAGUAUUAAUGAUAACGCGUUCGUCGGCUUAGAGCUGUUGGAAGAGCUAUACCUCAACGACAAUCACUUAACUCGCGUGCCAUCGAUAGCACUGCAGUCGCUG